CGAGAGUCCUCUACUUACUUACUUAAAGCCUUUUCAAAGUAUUUAUUAGCCAAGCUUAGUUUAAUCUGUGUAAUAUUUUUGCCACUUCUAUGCUGUGAUGUUUGGGGCUUACAACAGAAGACAGCACAGAGCUCAAGUAUUAUUCAAGUCUGCUGCAAAAGACACCAAACCACUGCUAAUAAACCCUGGCUUUUUGGAGCAAAAUAUUUUCGAGUUCAUCUUGCAAGAUUUGGCCUAUUGGUCUACGCAUGCGCUUUGGAGGCUAACAAACUUCAAUGUGCGAUUACAAGAUAAAACGGGCGUCUGGGAACAAAGGCAGAAGGAAUUGAUGGGAGAGUGGAAAGCCAACGCUUUAAAGUAUUCCAAGAACUUGAGAACAAUUGAAGAAUCCUGGAAAAAACUCGGGCCCUUUCCUUGCGAGCUUGAGACAAGUGAACAAGAUGUACUCCCCAUGGUUCAAAACGAUGACAUCGUACUGUGGAAGCAGCACAUUUACGAGAGCGAGCAGCAGACAAAAAGCGCAAUUGAAAGACUUCGAUACAUACAUCGGGACCGAAAGCGUAAAAGAUCAUCGCCAGGUAAAGCGCUCAAGAAGUCACUUAAGAAGAAGCGGGUAUCAAGAAAAAUUCAACUGGACGCUAUCAUAAAUUUCUUGGACCAUUUCAUGGUUCUGCUUGAUAACCAAUUUGCGCAUGCAGAGUUGACGGAGCAGUUCAUCACCCUUGGUAACCACCGUGUGGCUGGUGGUGAGCUUAGCGAGGAGAACGCGAUCAAGCUGAGGAAUGAACUGGUUGCUCUAAACGCGCGAUGGAACAAACUGAACGAAGAAACGCUAAGCCUUGCGGACAGGGUGGACCAGUUUGUACAGGACGUCGACAAGGAGUACAAGAAGCAUGCGCUGUGGUUCACCAAGUGCGACAACAUGGACCAGUGGCUGGCAGAGAGCGAGAAGCUGAUUCGUCAGCAGAGUAAAGUGUCAGAUGAACCUAAAGAGCUCAAGGAGCAGAUGGAUGAUAUUCAGGCAUUCCGUAAAGAAAUGAGAGAUUACCAGCAAACUGCGUCCGAAGUCAUGCUUGUCGGGGACCAAAUAAUUGAGCGCAACAAGAUGGACCAUGUUGACAUCGAGACGACGGAAAAAAUAACGGAGGCCUUAAGAUUACGGUGGACAUCAAUAGAACAACAUUUGACCAACCGGCAUGAUCUUAUAAUCACUCGGUUGCGAAUUACAUCCAAAGACUGGUCCAAACAAGACCCGUCUCCAUGGAAGGACAUGACCGAAAAGUUGCAGACCUCGCUCACCGCCGCAGAAUACAAACUGGGCUCCCUUGAUGAACAUCUAGAGCCCACAGCCGACCACGAGACACUUGAGCUAUGUACAGCGGAGAUUCGGGAUGUUGAAGUGCAGUUGAAGAAUCACACAAACGAGGAACUAUCAUCUCUGUCCAGCUCCAGCGCCGCGUGGAUUAACACCAAACAACUGACGCCCGAGGGGGAACAGAAGGUUCUUGACACUAUCAACGAGCUACACAGGAAGAUGGCACAGCUAGAGGAAGGCGUGACUCAAAGGCGAACCAGAAUCCAAGAGAUAUGCGGCAAACGUGCUGGGGACCGGGUCGAGGAAUGCGAACGAACCUUGAACGAUCUGGAUAACUUUUCCAUGGCUAAUUUCUCCGCCUCUGGCGCCAGCAUUUUGGAAGUACAGACACAGCUGAUGGAGAUGCAGAAAUUCGAGGCUCGCCUUUCAGAAGAAGAAGGCAAGGUCUCUCACGUGCGAACACAGUACGAAAACGCGGCAAAGACCGGAAUGCUUGACGAGGCAACUGCGACACGGAUAGGAUACAGACUGCAGGAUCUGCAGACUCAGUGGAAAGAACUGAAGAGAGAGAAUCAAACAAGUAAACAAAGGUUGGUAGCCGCAUUACUGCUCUUCAGUCGAGAGUUGAUGGGGGAUAUCUACAGCUGGCUUGACGAGGCCGAGGCACAACUCGACGCCAUUUACGUACGCGAAGGAGACAGGAAGGCACUAGAAAAAGCCUACGACAAACACAAGGAAGUAAGUGAUGAAAUGGGAGUUUUUGAACCUUCGAUACGUACAGCGGUAAGGCUUGUUAGAAAGGUUGUAGACGAGGGACUGCUGGACGAAGAUGGUGGACGCAGCUACAUGGAAGAGAUGGACGUUCUGGAGAAGCGCAUGGAUAACUUGAGGAAUACCGCUGACUACGAUGAAGCUCGACUAAAGGAAGCUCUCGAGCGCUGUCCACCAAAAAACGAUAUCAUCGACCCGAUUGUUGUCGCCGACGUCCAAGCAGAAGUCGAAUCCACUCCAUAUAUGGACAACGACAACAUGCCGUUGAGCGACGAGGGCUUCGGAGAUGCCGACAGUACUUCGGGAACAGAGGGCACGAAAGAGGUCAACAGUAACAAGAUUAACCUGAAAAUGGAAGAGUAUAACCUGCACAUGCGCAAUAUGCAUCACUGGAUAGACGAGUCUGAGAGCUUGCUUAACCGCUUCAAAGUCAACAUGGACCCAGAAGAGGCGUCCCGGCUACAGCGCCAGGUGGAUGAAAGAUAUUGCGACCUCGACAGAAAAGAAACCCAAAUGGAUUUUAUUACAAAAUUCUCCCGGAAAUUAGAAAAAGAUCUAGACGAUCCCGACUAUACGGAGGAGAUCGAAGAUGAGCUUUGUAUUCUUCUGAAGCGCUGGACUAACAUACAGGAAGCGCUAGAGGGAGCAACAGACCGGGUUAUACAUAGGAACAGGAAACUCAAAGGGGGUGGAGACAAGGGGAACGGGUGUUGUCUGAUGGUGGCCUUUAGAAAAAAGAUGUCCACGAUGUGUGCAUACAAGUAACAUGAAAAGAGGCGUUUCAAAGGAAGAGAAAAUCCAAAGAAAAGGAAACUUCCGCCUUCAGAAAAAAAGCCUAGAAUGGGCAUAUAAUUUACUUGAUGAGACCAAAGGCAUGGAGGGAGAGUGGAAUUGACUUGUCUGUGUGACAAAGUUAGUAAGUUAAGAAGAACGACAGCGCUGGAGACUAAGAAAAAAAACGAGUAUGAAAAUACCUUUUUAGCAGGAAUUGAUGUAACUUAUCUUUGAGCAUCAAACGGAUGUAAAUAUGAAAAGAUUUUUCAAAUAAAAUAUUUUGCCAUGGCUUUAUAAA